GCUCUUCAGCUGGGAGACAUCGAAGAUGACAGACACUCAAUUUUAGAGUGACAGAGUUUUGAAACACUUGUAGACGAGCCAGACAGUCUUGCAGCAAUGACUUGCAUACACCCCCAGCCCUACGAGAACAACCUCAGCAGCUCUGAGCUUCAGAGCGCAGACUUCAUCUCCAGGCUGGCUGUGGACAUGAGCAGCCCACGGGACCACCUCUCUGCUCCUUUGCUGCCGAGCAUUAGCUCCCUGGUGGGCACACCUGCAGGAGACAUAGAUGCAUAUUCAUGCCAGUUCACUACAGCCCCGGCCCACAUAACUCCAGCCCCAGGGCAGGAGAGCCCUUUCAAGCUGGAUGAGCUCCAAGUAUACGGCUGUUACCCUGGAUCCUUCAUGCUGAGUUACCCAGAUGAGGCCGUGUCCCCCAGUGGGUCGGAUUAUUUCGGCAGCCCAGCAUCUGCCUCAUCGCCAUCAACGCCUGGGUUUCAGAGUCAGCAAACAUCUAACUGGGAUUCAGCCUUUGGGGUAUACUCACCCAGUCCAGGGUACUGGGCAGCUGAGGAAACCUCAAUGGCACAUGCCCCAUCUUUUUUCACUUUUGGUUCCGGCUCUGUGGAGGACAUGUCUCAUUUGGGGCAGACACUUUUACGAGAGCAGGAACCUUUUGCUAUGGCUCAUCCUCACCCAUCUGCACUGACCUUCCCUUCCAUGGCAAUGGAACAGGCAUGUAGUCUUGAUGGCACCGAACAGCUGGAUGGAGGCUUAUCACCCAAGCUGAAAGGUGGAAAUGAGGGAGGCUGCGCUGUGUGUGGAGACAACGCCUCCUGCCAGCACUAUGGGGUUCGCACCUGUGAAGGGUGUAAAGGGUUUUUCAAGCGCACAGUACAGAAAAAUUCCAAAUAUGUGUGCCUUGCUAACAAGGAUUGUCCUGUGGACAAGAGGAGGCGAAAUAGAUGCCAGUUCUGCCGCUUCCAGAAGUGUCUUGCUGUGGGCAUGGUCAGGGAAGUUGUAAGAACGGAUAGCCUGAAAGGACGAAGGGGUCGCUUACCUUCUAAACCUAAAGUCAUCCAGGAUGUGACAACUGCUGUGUCUCCAGUGAGCAUGAUUGCUUCACUCGUGAGGGCCCACAUCGAUUCAAACCCUGGCGCCGGGUCUCUGGAUUAUUCUAAGUAUGUUGAGAAGGAAGUCAGUAUGGACCAGAAAGAGGAUGCAAGUGACAUAAAACAGUUUUAUGACCUGCUCACAGCCUCCAUGGAGGUUAUCAGGAAGUGGGCAAAGGACAUUCCAGGUUUCUCAGAGUUCUGCUCAGAGGAUCAGGAAUUGCUACUAGAAUCUGCAUUUGUUGAACUCUUCAUUCUGCGUCUUGCAUUUCGAUCUAAUCCUAAAACAGAAAAGCUUGUCUUCUGUAAUGGAGCUGUACUUCAUAAAACACAGUGUGUCCGAGGCUUCGGCGACUGGAUCGACUCCAUCUUGGAGUUUUCUCAAAGUCUGCAUCGCAUGAAACUGGAUGUUUCUUCCUUCUCCUGUCUCACAGCCCUGGUCAUAAUCGCUGAUCGACAUGGUCUCAAGGAGCCAAAACGUGUGGAGGACAUGCAGAACCAGCUCGUCACAUGCCUUAAAGACCACGUGUCUAGCUGUGACUCUGAGUCCUUGCGGCCCAAUUAUUUGUCCAGACUUCUUGGGAAGCUGCCGGAGCUCAGGACUCUCUGCACUCAAGGCCUCCAACGCAUCUUUUACCUGAAAUUAGAAGAUCUUGUUCCACCACCUCCAAUUGUGGAAAAAAUCUUCAUGGACACGUUACCGUUUUGAGAGUGAAAGGUUGACUGUCUGUGACAUGAAAUCUGGAGUUCAUUUGAGAGCCUAAGAGAACGGACUGAGCGCUCCUGCUCCAGAUGCCAAAGGGAAAAUGCACAGAGUGUAAUAAUCCUUAGGGAUUCUGCAGCAUCAGAAGAAAAAUGUUUCUUUUAAAUAUAAAGUGGAUAAGUAGGAAAACAUGGAUCUGGAGCUGGUACAUUAUGCUCAUCUUAACUGUCUUUCUGGGAAACUGUGUAGUCUCCAGACUGAUUGGAAGGGCCAGUUUAUGGACCAAGCGGUGACUGUUUACAUGCAACAAUGUGCCAUAAAUGGCAUUACUCCUGUAGAGUGAAAAUUAUUGCACUUUCUGAUCAGUUACUAAGCAAAUGCAAACAAUAUCUGCAUUAAGCAUUACCAUCACACCUCUAGCAGCUGCAUUAAAAUGGUCUUUAUUCUUAUCUCUAGUUGAAUCAGCUCAUAUCCAAACCUGAAAAUCAUUUCACAAAUCCACUUUCUAACUCCAGCAGAGUUUUCCUUCAUCAACAUGCAAAGCAUAAGUCCCUCAAAAUUCCAUUACACUUUAUAUUUAAUAACAUAAUAAUUUUUGGUGGUAAUAAAGUAGGUUAAACCUACAGAAAUUUUCAGUGGUAUCAUUCAUGCAUCAUGAAUCAACAUUGGGCAGCUAAAAUACUGUGUAUGAUUCAGUACAGUCUUACACACUGAUCUUGUUUGUACAUGAUUUUAAUCCUGCAGAUGUUUUGCCACAUGAACUGUAUUUAACAGUCUCAGAAAAUGUUGUGUGCCUGUUAUUUUUACAUGCAGUUAGCCUCAUAGCAUAAUUACCUAAGUCAUACUUUGGCUAAAUUGUGAUAUCUGUCUAACUCUACUCUCCUUAUAUUUGCCGAUUGGCUGUGCAUUAUUGCAUAAAAAACUUAAAAUAUGACUUGGGCAUUUAUCUUAUGAGGCUAAUGAUAUAAAGAUGAUGUUUCACUGUGGCUUAAAAUAAAUUGUAGAACUGCAUCUUUUAAAUAUCUUUACUCUUUAGUAUUAAAAUUGUCUCCUGAACUAUGUAGUAAUAAGGUUUGGUUAUUGUUUUAAAGAGUGACGUCCGCAUGAGCUCACAAGUUUGUACAACGUCUUUCUCUCGUCAUUACAAACAUUGACUAUACCGUAUCUUUCCCUUUGCAUGUAUUGGGUUGGCUGGCUGUUUAUUCCUCCAUUGUUUGACAGAGGAGAGUAUUCUGCUGCAGCAGCAGCCUGUAAAUCUUUGUCAAGUACAGUUUCUUCUUUUGGCAACAGAUCAGAACAUACUGUUGAAAAAUGCACCCCCUUCCCACCCACCUCCCAGUUAUGUGCUGGUCUGUUUUUAGAAGGUGGUGGAAUUCCCUGUCCAGUCUCAAAUAACCCAGACCACUUUAUCUUUGUGUGUUUUUGUUCUUGCACAUGAAUCCAUGUUAGUGUGCAAUCACAUGAAUGCACACCUGGUAGUGCUUGAAGUAUUGUUUGGGAUAUACUGCCACAGUUCCUGGCAGGUCAUGGUUAUGAAAUAUUAUUAUCCGUGUGCAUGUAGGAGCCGAUGACCCACUGUAACAGUCCACAACAUGGUCAUGAUGGGAGAGUCUGACCACUGCGCAAAGCCUCCUCCAGCAAAUUGCAAAGAUUCUCAAUGGGAUUCAGGUCUGGACUCUGUGGUGGAUAAUCCAUGAGUGAAAAUGAAGUCUCAUUGCUCCCUGACCCACUCUUUCACAGUCUGAGCCUAAUGAAUCCUAGCACUGUAAUCUUGGAACAUAGCCGUACCAUCAGGGAAGAUGGAAUAACCUGGUCAUUCAGUAUAUUUAGGUAGUCUGCUAGCAUCUGUAAUCUCCUUAGAUGUUUUUCUCUGCUUGAUGCAUGCUAAUGAUUUGACCCUUCUUAAACAGACUAACAUCUUUUCCACGACCACAGGAUGUGUCUUUCCACGUGGUUGUUUAGGAAAUAAGAAGCUACUCAAUCAAUCAUUUGGGGUUAAAUAACUUGCUGCCAGCUGAAAGAUAAUUGACCAUGCAGUAAUGAUCCAAAGGAGGCUUGUUCCUAUUUGCUUAGUUAAAUCCAGGUGUGGACUUUGUUGUGGCCAGGCAGUGUAGUAUGGAUAAUGGUCUAGCCAUCAUGCCUCAGUUGUUACUAGGCAAAGUUAGAGCAGCAUAAAUGUCCCCUAGAAAUGCAGGCGACAACAGAGGAUCACAAGCUUCACGCAGACUUACAGGAUUAGAGACCAGCUCCAGGGCCUAAACCGUCUGCUGCAUAUUGUGUAGGACUCUUGUGUCUGUGAGAAAAUGAGAGUGCCACACUAACAAAGUGAGACCAGCCAAGAGGCUUUGGUUUCAGAGACGUGCCUGGAACUUGUUUGCAGAGCGUCCACUAGGUCAGGUGGUAGAUCCAAAGACUCUGGUCAACUAGUCCAGGCCAGAGUCCAGACUAAACAUGGAGAAGCAGCAUUUAGCUGUUAUGCUGCAAACAAAUGGAACAAACUGCCAGUGGAGAUUAAACUUU